AUGGCCCAGUCAUCAAAGGCACUGGUUCUUUACCAGGGAGACCCCAGAGAUAAUCUUGCCAAGUACAUAUCCGACGUCCAAGAGGGCCACGAUGUGUAUGCAGCACAGCUCUCCUCGGCGGGUCAGCUGCCAGCAUUGAUGGCUCUACCGGUCGAGCUCUUUAUGCAGAUUUACGACCUUUUGACGGUAGAGAGCCAGGCAAUGCUUGCAGUUACGUGCAAGAGCCUGUACCGCAGCAUGUUCCCUCACGUUGCCAUCAAGCAGGUCAAACAUCGAGGUGGGAUGCUGCGGUGCAUCGAGCGGCAGACGCCGCAACAAUACUACUGCCCGGUCUGUGUCAAGCUACAUAGUUGGCACCUAGAGGACGACGGCAAACCAACCUUUCCCAUCCGCGACGACAUGACCUCGAGCUGCGGUGUCACAAAGUGGCUCUUCCCCAGCGACCCGGGCCCGUACGCUGAGACCACGCACGAGACGACCGACUACGAGGUCGACUACCGCACCGCCCGCCUGGCCGUUCGCGCCGUCACCCUUGGCCCGUCCUUCGGCCCUCCUCUCGCCACUCUCGAGAAGCGCGCGUCUUGGCAGCCGUGCCAAGUCAUGGCCAACGAGCACGGCCACCUCCUGGAUGGGGUGGCCGUCGAAUACCACUACGAGCCGCGCGUCAUCGACGGCAUCCUGCACGUGCGCGCCACGUACGUCGUGAGCGACAAAUCGGGCAGCCCGGACCUGUGGAACCUAUGGAUGGAGAAGCCAGACCUGGGUCCCUGGAUCUGCCCAGGGAGGAGGGUGUUUGGGGAGUUUGAGGGCCAGGCCGGGAGGUGUCGCUGCUUCGAGGACGCGCUCGGGGAAGAUACCGACCUGGAGUCUUGUUCCGAAUUUGGGUGGUCGGCCGAGGAGGAGGUGAGGUGCAGCUGCGCCAAGACGCUGGCCGAGGUGUGCGCUCUCGAAAUCAAGACGAUGGCCAGGUGCGAGUGCGUCACAUGGGCGUCGCAGUACUGCGGGUCCGAGUGGGAGAUCACCAAGAAAGCCUCCCCUGCCGGGGCUGGUGGCUGGGAGUUGAGCUGGCAGGUGUGGAGGCGGUUCGACGUGCUGGCCGAGUGCGGUCUGCACGAGUGGUUUCGCGAUCCGUACUUUGACGAGCUGGACGACGGGCGCUGGAUGUGUCCCUACUACGGACUCAAGACGGGCGCCAGGAGGGCUUGGCUUCUGGCGGAGGCGGCUGAGCGGGGUGACGACGAGGAGGCUGUCAAAGGGCAGCUUGAUGAGGACGAGGAGAGGAUGAACGAGGAUGAUUUGUCCGAGUAUGACGAGGCAAAGUGGCUCCAGGUCAUGUGGGAGGAGACGGGGGAAUGGUUUGAGGGAGCGCCCAGGUCUGUUUGGGGUCGAGAACCAGAGUGGGACUAUUGGAAUUGA